AUGGCACUUUGCAGGGGAAGGAAUCGGUCGAAGUUCAUAGUUUGCCUUUUCGGGGCUUCUAUAGUGGUAUAUUAUAUUUUUAACAGGCAUAAUAAUCCAGGUGACAUAGUUGGAACAAGUCUAAGAGAAGUUCCCACUGAGCAAGAUAUUGCAAAUGAAAUGCUUAAAAAGCCUGUUUAUGACAAACCGCCGCUGGAUUUAAAUGCCUUGGGAGAAAUGGGCAGAGCUGUCAAAUUGAACCUCGUUGGAGAGGAGAAGAAAAAGGAAGUGGAAAGUAUUAAUAAACACCAGAUUAAUACCUAUGUGAGUGAUAUGAUAUCUCUCCACCGCAGCCUACCUGAAAGAUGGAAUCCUCUGUAAGUUGACAGUGAGUUUCAGUGUGGUGUUUGGCUAUGUUUAUGAAAUGUUUCUUGCAUUCCGCCUUGUGAUGUAAGAGUGUUAUAAAGCUUUUCUAAAAUAUGACUGACUAAAUAUGUUUUGUACAGGCCUACACUCAGGGGCAACAUGCACACCAAAAAUCUGAGGGGAAAAAUUUGAGGGGUGCGGUCUGGAGGGAGGCUAGAAUUGUGCAUUUUUCAAACACCUGAAACAGAUUUUUCCAGAAAUCUAGAGCCAUUAUCAUUGUCCUUAAUUCUAUGUCAAAAAUAUCUAAGCAUACCUCUUGAGCUGUCUGUCAGUGGCGUGUAUUCAUUACCAAAACAUAAAUACAAAUGUAUGAAUUAUUUAUCUUUUGUCUCUCUGUGUUUUCAUGAUUUUCCUUCAAUUUGUAGCAUUGAAUGCAAGGGAAGCCAGCAAGCAUUUGGCCUCCCUUGAUAAAAAAAAGUAUAAAAUAAUAGCCAAACAGCGUUGAGCUAAAGUGAGUGAGCUCAACUGUGAAUGGUCCUGGCGCACCAAAAUAAAGUGUAAAGGGAAGCCAGUUUGGAUUUGGCUUCACUCCAAUCACAUGGCAUCGAGAGAAAUACAUACAAUGCAUUUGGAAAGUAUUCAGACCCCUUGACUUUUUCCACAUUUUGUUACAUUACAGCCUUAUUCUGAAAUGGAUUAAAUAAAAACAUUUCCUCAUCAAUCUACACACAAUACCCCAUAAUGACAAUGUGAAAACAGGUUUUUAGAUUUUUGUGCUAAUUUCUUACAAAUAAAAAAACAGAAAUACCUUAUUUACAUAAGUAUUCAGACCCUUUGCUAUGAGACUCCAAAUUGAGCUCAGGUGCAUCCUGUUUCCAUUGAUCAUCCUUGAGAUGUUUCUACAGCUUUAUUGGAGUCCACCUGUGGUAAAUUCAAUUGAUUAGACAUGAUUUGGAAAGGCAUACACCUAUCUAUAUGAGGACUCCCGAGUGGCGCAGUGGUCUAAGGCACUGCAUCGCAGUGCUAGCUGUGCCACUAGAGAUCCUGGUUAGAGUCCAGACUGUCGCAGCCGGCCGCGACCGGGAGACCCAUGGGCGGUGCACAAUUGGUCCAGCAUCGUCCAAGGUAGGGGAGGGUUUGGCCGGCAGGGAUGUGGGUUCAUUUCCCACGGGGGGGCCAGUAUGAAAAAAUAAUAAUUAUGUAUGCAUUCACUAACUGUAAGUCGCUCUGGAUAAGAGCGUCUGCUAAAUGACUAAAAUGUAAAAAUGUCCCACAGUUGACUGCAUGUCAGAGCAAAAACCAAGCCAUAAGGUCAAAGGAGAGUUCCGAGACAGGAUUGUGUCAAGGCACAGAUCUGGUUACCAAGAACACAGUGGCCUCCAUCAUUCUUAAAUGGAAGAAGUUUGGAACCACCAAGACUCUUCCUAGAGCUGGCCACCCGGCCAAACUGAGCAAUCGGGGGAGAAGGGUCUUGGUCAGGGAGGUGUCCAAGAACCCAAUGGUCUGUGGAGAUGGGGGAACCUUCCAGAAGGGCAACCAUCUCUGCAGCACUCCACCAAUCUGGCUUUUAUGGUAGAGUGGCCAGCGAAAGCCACUCCUCAGUAAAAGGCACAUGACAGCCCGCUUGGAGUUUGCCAAAAGGCACCUAAAGGACUCAGACCAUGAGAAACAACAUUCUCUGGUCUGAUGAAACCAAGAUUGAACUCUUUGGCCUGAAUGCCAAGCGUCACGUCUGGAGGAAACCUGGCACCAUCCAUACAGUGAAGCGUGGUGGUGGCAGCAUCAGGCGGUGGGGAUGUUUUUCAGUGGCAGGGACUGGGAGACUAGUCAGGAUCAAGGGAAAGAUGAACGGAGCAAAGUACAGAGAGAUCCUUGAUGAAAACCUGCUCCAGAGCGCUCAGGACCUCAGACUGGGGCAAAGGUUCACCUUCCAACAGGACAUCGACCCUAAGCACACAGCCAAGACAACACAGGAGUGGCUCUGGGACAAGUCUCUGAAUGUCCUUGAGUGGCCCAGCCAGAGACCGGACUUGAACCCGAUCUAACAUCUCUGGAGAGACCUGAAAAUAGCUGUGCAGCGACGCUCCCCAUCCAACCUGACAGAGCUCGAGAGGAUCUGCAGAGAAGAAUGGGAGAAACUCCCCAAAUACAAGUGUGCCAAGCUUGUAGCAUCGUACCCAAGAAGACUCGAGGAUGCACUCGCUGCUAAAGGUGCUUCAACAAAGUACUGAGUAUAGGGUAUGAAUACUUAUGUAAAUGUUAUUUCAGUUGUUUAUUUUUAAUACAUUUGCUAACAUUUCUAAAAACGUGUUUUUGCUUUGUCAUUAUGAGGUGUUGUGUGUAGAUUGAUGAGGACAAACAAUUUAAUCAAUUUUAGAAUAAGGCUGUAACGUAACAAAAUGUGGAAAAAUUCAAGGGGUGCACUGUAACAUAAAAACUUGAAUUGUUGCAUCUCUUUGUGUUGUUGUCCUCCGGUGGCUAGCUAGCUAGCUAAAAUCGUCCCUUUCCUAAAUUAGCCAUGGAUGGAGAUAGGGAUUUGGACUUGUUUUACUUAAUUCUCCAUACUGGCCAAUGAUUAUAAUGGCGGUUCUGAUCCAACCAUACAUUCUUACAUUGUGCCCCUGGACUGAGAGGAUGGAAAUCAAUAGGUAGCAGAAGGCUAAUGUUAACUAGCUAACGUUGCCCAUGAAAGGAAUUUAGGCUAGCAAGCAAGCAUUUUAGCCAGGUAGCCUAGGACAACAAAAAAUAAAAGCGUGUACUGUAUGACAGAGUCAUAGACCGUUUUGUCAACAUGAAAGAGAGGAGGAUGGCAUUGGCAUUUCUCUAUUAGUAGGGUGAGUCAACAUGUUUUUUCUACUUGCACGCACGCAUGCACACACACACACACACACACACACACACACACACACACACACACACACACACACACACACACACACACACACACACACACACACACACACACACACACACACUCAAAUCAGAACCAUGGACAGCCAAAUCAUAUUUAGCUUAGGUUGAUUGAACUAAAUAGUUUUUUUAUAUAUUUUAGUUGUCACUGUAUUCGACUAAGCAUAGGUGAUUUUAUGAUGUUGAAAUGUUGACGUUGAAAUGGUGCUGGAAUAGUGGAGGCAGCUCCUGUUUUCUUUGCGACUUGCAGUAACUCUCCAUGGUUCUAAAUCAAUAGUUGUUUAGUAGUCCGAAAAUGUUGGAAAUGUAACUGUUUGUUACAUUCAUUAUGCUUUGUGGACUACACCGGACAGAGGUAGCUCUCCGGUUUUGUGAUUAAACAAAGGUGUGGUUGAAUUUAUUCUGCCACUGUAUCUUCUUAUUGUGACGGCCUUAGGCCUAUAUAUCACGGCCGCAAGGCAUAUGAACUAACAAGUUAUAGAGCAAACAACGCAAUUAUCACAACACAGGUUGUAAAAUGGCCUUUUUUUUCUGGCUUGGCUUCCCCAGUGAUUUUACCCACGCACUGCUACUGGGUCCAUCUCUGCAGGAUAUACAGUGCAUUCAGAAAGUACCUCUUGAUUUUACUGCUGUCUGUAUCCUUCUGACUGGUGGUUCUUUUUUUUAAAGAAACAAAAUAUCCUUCUCUGCAUCUCUGAUAAAAUCUGGGUAAAAUAUUUAAAGGAAUGUGAGUGUUAUCCAGUCCAUUUAGUUAUUGCUUGCUUUCUAAAGUCUACCAACCUUGCCAGCAGCCAUGCCAGCUAAGAUGGUAAGACAAGCUAGCUACUCUAACUUGAUUUUGUCACGCCUACUCCCGCUCCCCUGCUCCAGCGCUCAAUGUCUUCGGUCUACAAACCACCGGCCCUGGCAAGUACCCUUCUCCUGUUUUGUUUAUCUGCCUUAUUUUAUUAUUAAACUCACCUUCUGCACCUGCUUCCUGACUCCUAGCGUAUCCAUUACAGAAUACUGCCUCACGAUAUGGAAGCAGCAGAAGAGAAAGACAUCUCCCAGACAGUCGGCUAACAGGGACGCCUACUCCUCCAACACCAUGAUCAGCUGGCGCAACUGGGUACGGCUAUGGAUGAGGUCCUCCGCGUCCUCCACCACCUCAACACCACCCAAGAGGUUUCACCUCCAACUAGCGGAGGGCUCCUUACCACGAGUCGUCGCAGCGAGCCAGUCCCACAGCCUACUCAGCAGUCCGCCCAGGGAGACGAUGCGCGACUGUCCCUCCCGGACAAGUACCACAGGACCAUCCAAAUGCCGUGACUUCCUACUCCAGUGCUCCCUCUAUUUCGCCCAUCAGACCAGGCCCUCGCCCCCUCCAUGAACAUCACCUCGUACCCGCUUUCAUCUCCUUUUCCGGUCCAAGCCCUGGAUAAUCGAUCAUUAGGAUCCGGCACUAUCACGCACAUCACAGCACCACUCACCCUCACCGUGGGACACAUGUACCAAGAAAGCCUUCCCUUCCUCAUCAUCACCGCACCCAUGCACAAUGUCAUCUUCGGCCUCCCGUGGCUCCAACGUCAUGACCCCACCAUCUCCUGGUCGAGGAUGGAAAUCACUGCCUGGGCACCCGGAUGCCGGAAGUCCUGCUUUCCCUUACCCUGUGGUUCCAUGUCGGUUAAGAGUCCUGUGGGUACCCUCCAGCCCGACCAGGACCAAGACCUGUGCCACCUGUCUCCCUCCUCAUCGCCCCUGGGACUGCGCAAUUGACCUGCUUGCAGGCUCUGCGCCUCCGCGCAGCCGCAUCUACCCUCUGCCUGUGGCUGAAACCGAGGCCAUGGAGGAGUACAUCCAGGGGGCUCUCCAACAGGGUUUCAUCCGCCCAUCCACCUCCCCGGUGUCGGCAGGCUUCUUCUUCGUUGCCAAGAAGGACGGAGGCCUACGUCCGUGCAUCGAUUACAGAGGCCUCAAUUCCAUCACCACCAAGUACCGCUACUCUCUCCCGUUGGUGCCGGCCGCAAUCAAACAGCUCCGCUGGACCUGUGGAGUGCCUACAAUCUGAUCCGCAUCCGAGAGGGGGAUGAAUGGAAAACCGGCUUCAGCAUGAUGUCUGGAGACUACGAGUACUUGGUGAUGCCUUAUGAUUUAGCCAAUGCGGCGUUGGCGUUCCAGAAAUGUGUGAACGAGGUGUUCCGGGACAUGCUCGGGCACCAGGUGGUCGUGUAUAUCGACGACAUCCUGGACUACUCGGCCACCUUGGAGGAUCACAUCACCCACAUCCGAGUAGUCCUGGGACUCUUGGAGAACCGCCUGUAUGUAAAAGCAGAGAAGUGCCAGUUCCAUCAGGUCGCUGUCUCCUUCUUGGGAUACCAGGUCAGCCCGCAGGGAAUGAAGAUGAAUGAAAGGAAGGCUGAGGCAGUCCCAACCACCAUAAAGGGGCUACAACGUUUUUUGGAGUUUGCCAACUUCUACCGCCGCUUCAUUAAAUACUUCAGCUCCAUCGCCUCUCCUCUCACCUCUCUUCUCAAGGGUGGUCCCCAUAAAUUGGUGUGGAGUCCUGCAGCCGAUGAGGCCUUCCGCCUACUGAAGGGGCGUUUCACCUCCACCCCGUUGCUGAAACACCCAGAUCCUACGCUGCCCUUUGUGGUGGAGGUGGACGCUUCAGAAGUGGGCAUGGGGGCCGUCCUGUCCCAAUGGCAAAGUAACCCACAUAAAUUGUAUUCAUGUGCAUACUACUCAAAGAAACUGUCUCCUGCAGAGAGGAACUAUGACGUUGGCGACCGGUAGCUCCUGGCGGUGAAGUUUGGGCAUUAGUGGAGUGGAGACACUGGCUGGAGGGUGCGAAGGACCCAUUUCUCAUCCUCACCGACCAUCGGAACCUGGAGUACAUACAGACAGCGAGGCGGCUGAACCCGCGCCAAGCAAGGUGGGCCCUUUUUUUCACUAGAUUCAACUUCACCCUGUCAUAUCGCCCAGGUAAAAAAACAUCAAAGCCGAUGCCCUGUCCCGUCUACACGAUUCAGGAGAGGUUCCUGUCCUGAGUGCGCUCAUCAUUCUCCCCUCCCGAGUCAUUGCCCCUGUGCUUUGGGACGUAGACUUGGACAUCCGCCAGGCCCUGGAGAGGGAACCCGCGCCUGCUACCUGCUCUCCGGAGCACACCUAUGUUCCCACAGAGGUAAGGGAUCGGCUGUUGACCUGGGCGCACACAUCCCUCCGCCUCCCCUGGACAUCGAUGGAACCCCCACCUAUGCCGUCAGGUCUCCAUUAACCCAUAGUGGCUAACCCUUCACUACUCAGCUCAAGAUGAUUUGUUGAUUUUAUGCCCCUUUGAAACAGCUCAAGAUGAUUUUAUGCCCCUUUGAAACAGCUCAAGAUGAUUUUAUACCCCCUUUGAAACAGCUCAAGAUGAUUGUAUGCCCCUUUGAAACAGCUCAAGAUGAUUGUAUGCCCCUUUGCCUAGUUCUAAAUGCCAAAAUCGGGCAAGAUAAUGCUUUAUUUUGUAAUGUUGGAUAAAGUCACUAACAAAGCUCGUACAGCUGUUCCUUUUGAGUUUCCUACAGGGCAGGAAAUUAUGUCUCAAAGGACUCAGUGCCAUUUUAGCCAUGUGCAAACAAUAAAGUCCUGCGGCCAUAUCUCAGACAUCCAAGCACAAUGGUAACCAACAACAGUAACCAACAACAAAUAACUGAUUUUCUUUUUUCUUCUCCAGUUGUAAGGACCUGGGCCUAUGUAUUUAUAAAGUGUCUCAGAGUAUAUAAUUGUAUUCAUUAAGAGCUAAAUGGUAACACUGAUCCUAGAUCAGCACUCUUACUCUUAGGCUGUGUUUAAACAGGCAGCCCAGUUCUGAUGGUUUUUUUCACUAAUUGGUCUUUUGACCAAUCAGAUCAGCUCUGAAAAAGAUCUGAUGUGAAAAGAUCAGAAUUGAGUUGCCUGUCUAAACGCAGCCUUAAACACUUUUUGAAAACUGGCCCAGAUCUAUUAGCCUGGGUACCAGCCCUGUUUGUGCUAUAAUUCCACUCCUUGUCAUGCCAAUGCCAAUGAGUGCCAAUGAGUGGCAUGAUGGCACAAGCUGGUCUGGGAUCAGGCUACAGAUCUAUAACAAGUGAUCUGUUUCUCUCUUCUCCAGUUGUAAGGACCUGAAGUAUGACUACAGGUCAUUGCCAUCUACCUCAGUGGUGAUCGCCUUCUACAACGAGGCGUGGUCCACGCUGCUACGCACUGUCCACAGUGUCCUGGAGACAUCACCUAACUUACUGCUACGAGAGGUGGUGCUGGUGGACGACUAUAGUGACAGAGGUACAAUCAUAGACAUACAGGGCAUGCAUGUGCUGAUCUAGGAUCAGGUCCCCCAUAUCCAUGCAAUUUGUGUUAAUUGUGAUUUAAAUGCCAAAACAUCCUAGAUCAGCACUCCUACUCUGAGACCCUAAUGGGCAGACAGGUUUGGCUAGAGUAGACAUGAUAUGCCAUUCUGCCUGCCAAAGCAAAUGAGAGACAAUAUUUGAUGAAUAUGACAUUCAAUAUGUUAAGGUUAAAGGUAUAGUGCACAGGUUUUGACCUGUACUGAAAGUGCUCUUUCUUGAAAACUUGACUUCUGACAUGCAACGUUUUUUGUGGACUAAUGAACAAAAUACUAAAAUAAAGUUUUAGGUGAACUAUCCCAUUGAAUACAUUUCAAUAAUUUUGAAUGCCAGUUGGUAAACAUGCAGCCUUGCUCAUAGGUCACUAUUUGCCCCUCUCAUGACGUAGUAUUGGUCAUAUGAGUCAUUGGAAAUAUUUGAUAUGAUUUCUGUCAAGUAGCUGGUUGUAUUAAUUCAUUAAUGAUCAAUUAACUACAAAGCACAGGCACACCUAUUAGCAGCACCACCCUGUGGUAACAUAACACACACUGUACCUACACAUUACACACAUCCCUUUGUCAGUUGAGGAAAUGUACAAUCUUGCUUUUCAUGAAUCAUGAAAUGGAAACAACAGCCCUUUUUGUUCCCCCGCAGCUCAUUUGAAGGAGCCGUUGGAAAACUACAUCUCCAGCUUGAAGAAGGUGCGUCUGAUCCGGGCCAGGAAGAGGGAGGGCCUGGUGCGGGCCAGGCUCCUUGGGGCCUCCAUCGCCACAGGUGACGUGCUGACCUUCCUGGACUGCCACUGUGAAUGCCACGAGGGCUGGCUGGAGCCCCUGCUCCACAGGUGAGAAACCACGUAGCAGGCCAGGUGAGGACUGCUCUUCUUCAGUCUAAUUGUGGGACUUGUAGUGCCUCCCUCCAUUCGUUCUACCUUGCAGUUGUACGUAUCAUGCUGCUGUGGCUAAAUGUGGAUAUGUAUAGCUACUUGAACUAUUUUCCCCACCCAUCCUCUUUCUCACCAAUCCCAAGCCUCCAAAGGCCUGUUCCAUAUGGUGCCUGUUUACAUUGACAUUUUACAUUUGAGUCAUUUUGCACACGUUCUUAUCCAGAGUGACUUACAGUAGUGAGUGCGUACAUUUUCAUACUUUUUUGUACUGGUCCCCCGUUGGAAUUGAACCCACAACCCUGGCAUUGCAAGUGCCAUGCUCUACCAACUGAGCCACCUGGGACUGUUGAGAGGCAUCUCUCUCUCCUCUCCCAUGUUAUAACCCUGUUAUACUGCAACCCCCUGCUACCUGCUGCCCAACCCUGUUUUAACCCUGUUUUAACCCUGUUAUUCUGCAACCCCCCCGUGCUUACUUCUUCUUUCUUCUCCUUUUCCUCCCAGGAUAAAGGAGAAACCGUCAGCUGUGGUCUGUCCAGUCAUCGAUGUCAUCGACUGGAACACUUUUCAGUAUCUAGGCAACCCUAGGGAACCUCAUAUCGGAGGAUUUGAUUGGCGGCUGGUCUUCACCUGGCACCCGGUGCCAGAGUACGAGCAGAAACACAGGCACUCCCCCAUCGAUGUCAUCAGGUCUGUGGUACCCUCAAAUCCCCAGUGUAUCAGAGAGGAAAAUAGUCAAAUCCUAAAUUAACUAUUGAGAUGUACUUUUAACAAUUUGACAUGCAUGUUAUUACAGAUCAGCAAUUGUUAUGCACACCAUAGGCUGUAUAAUUUCAGAUAAUUUCAAGAUUUGCUCUGUAAACUGUGUGUUUUGGUCCCAGGUCUCCUACUAUGGCUGGUGGGCUGUUUGCUGUCAGUAAGAACUAUUUCCAUUACCUGGGCACAUAUGACACAGGCAUGGAGGUGUGGGGAGGAGAGAACCUAGAGUUCUCAUUUAGGGUGAGAGUGUGUGUGUGUGUGAGAGAGAGAGAGAGAGAGAGAGAGAGAGAGAGAGAGAGAGAGAGAGAAGAGAGAGAUGAGAGAGAGAGGAGGAGAGAGGAGAGAGAGAGAGAGAGAGAGAGAGAGAGAGGAGAGAGAGAGAGAAUAUGAGUGUGUGUUUUGGGUGAGUGUGUGUGAGUGUGUGUUAGCGAGAGUGUGUGUGAGCGAGUGUGUGUGUGAGCGAGUGUGUGUGUACUUUGUGUGAUAAGUGUGGGCUUGCUGGACUCUAUGCUGUUUGUCCAUUGCUUUUUUCUGACAUUGCUGUAAUAAGUUAAAAACUCACUGGAAUCCUGUAAUGGAUGGUCACCAUAUUGUUGUGGAAUAUGUGUGGUGAUUCACCAAACACCGAGUGUGGAAAACAUUAAGAACACCUUCCUAAUAUUGACUAAUAUAAAUCACGUUAAAGAAUUCGGGACCAAAAGUUCUCGCAGUCAAUAAAGUUGCACAUUUUGACGAAUUUAAACCAGCACAGAGCUCAUGUUUUUCUUGAUUAGGUUACUUCCUGUGGGAUACAAAACAAAACCGCCAUACAACAACAUAACUCCCUCCCAUUUUAAAAAGACACACAAAGCUGUUUGUGCUGCCUGAUUUAAUCAUGGUGUGUAGCUAAUAAUGUUCUCGUGUUGCUCCUGCUGUUGUUGUUAUUUAGAUCUGGCAGUGCGGGGGCAGCCUGGAGAUCCACCCCUGCUCCCACGUGGGCCACGUCUUCCCCAAGAAGGCCCCCUACUCGCGGGGCAAGGCCCUGGCCAACAGCGUGCGUGCUGCCGAGGUCUGGAUGGACGAGUACAAGGAGUUGUACUACCACCGUAACCCCCACGCACGCCUGGUAGGCAAGCACUGAACAGGGACUAGUGAACCCCCACGCAUGCCUGGUAGGCCAGCACUGAACAGGGACUAGCGAACCCCCACGCACGCCUGGUAGGCCAGCACUGAACAGGGACUAGCGAACCCCCACGCACGCCUGGUAGGCCAGCACUGAACAGGGACUAGCGAACCCCCAUGCACGCCUGGUAGGCCAGCACUGAACAGGGACUAGCGAACCCCCGCGCACGCCUGGUAGGCCAGCACUGAACAGGGACUAGCGAAAGCUAGCAAAAUGUGUGGCUGCAGAGUUUUAAAGUUUAUGGUGCUGUGAUUGUUGGUUAGGAGCUGUAGCGUAGGCGGUAAUAUUUUGUAUGCAUGCACAGCUUUCAAAGUACUGAUCAAAUGCACUCAUGCCUUUCCCUUACUGUAGACUAGAGGCCUAUCAGAAUAUCUUUGGACAAAUGUUUGGAGGCAAGUCCCGGAGAAGCACAAUUUUGCCUAUGCCUAUGGUGUUACUAUCUGUAGCAGACAUCCUACACUGAAAAUAGUUCCUGAUUGAUUGAUUAAUCACAUCUUUUCACCUCUGAGGACACACACACCGCUCCCCGCGUGCUGCUCUGUUAAUGCUCCCCUGAUUGAGUGACACUUGUGAUGCAUAAGGAGGUAGGGGACACCCAAGGUGACACUCCGUCCGGUGUGAGAUUACAUUGAGAUGCACAGCUCAGUGAGUCAGAGACGCUCCCUCCCGCGCUAACCCAAGUGCCAGGUUGCCAACUGACCUUGGUUCAAAUAAAAUGUUUUCAUAUACCUCAGCUGGGCUUGAUUGAGCUGUCGCAAUGAAACCAAUAAAAUAGUUGCAAAAGUGCAAAGGCGCCCUUCUGGCACUUGAAGGAGGCUAAAGCAAAAGCUAAAAGUGUUUAAAAGAUUUCAAAUAGUAUUUGAACCGAGGCCUGCCGGGGUAGCAGGUUGCCAGUGUGUGUUGUUAAAGGGAGAAGGCCCUCUAAACUAAACAUAGAUCAGAUGGCACUCAUCUCUCUGAGAGGAGGUGAGGUGCCAACUGCCAAGUGGGGAGUGCCAGGGAGAACACUAUCUGCUCCACAAACACUCAUUCUCUCUCUCACACUCACUAUCUCUCUGUCUCUCGUUUCCUCUGUCUUUUUCUGACCCACUACCGCUUUGUCUUUCUCUUCCUCUGCCGCAACAUCUCUCUGUCUCUCUAUCUCUCUCUCUGUUACUUUCUAUAUCUAUCUUCAUAGAGAUAGGAGUAUGGGCAGAGGAGCAGACUGAGAUGAUGACACCUCCGUACAGAGAUGAUGGAGAGAUGAAGACGGGAGCAUGAUAGUGGGCAGACGAGAGGGGGGCGGGGGGGGAGAGAGGCCGUGAAAGGGGGUAGAGAGAGAGAGAGAGCGGAGAGGGAGAGAGAUGUCGGGAGAGACGGGGAGAGAGAGAGAAGAGAGAGAGCCUGGGCGAGAGAGAGAGGAAAAGAGAGGAGAGAAGUUAGAGAGAGGAGGCGAGAGAGGAGGAGAGGGCUAUGAUAGGGAGAUAGGAGAGAGAGGUAGAUGAUGGGAUAAGAGAUGUAUAUAGAGCGAGUAGAGAGAGGCGUAGAGAGCGAGGGAGACAGAGAGAGAGAGGGGAGCGGGAGAGAGAGUCUGGUAGAGAGGAAGAGAGAGAAAGAGGGGAGAGAGAGAGAAGGGGGGAGGGAGAAGACGAAGAGAGAAGCGAAGAGAGAGGAGGAGAGAGAGAGAGAGUGAGAGAGAGAGAGAGAGAGGGACGGGAGGAGAGAUGAGAAGUGAGAGAGAGAGAGAGGAGAGAGAGAGAGAGAGAGAUAGAGAGAAGAGAGAGAGUGAGAAGAGAGAGAGAGAGGAGAUGAGAGAGAGAGAGGAGAAGAGAGAGAUGAAGAGAGAGAGGGGAGGGAGAGAGAGAGAGAGAGAUGAGCGACGAGAGCAGGAGAGAGCGAGAGAGAGCCAGCGGGGAGAUGGGGGAGGAGGGAGGGAGAGAGAGAAGAGAGUGAGAAGAGACGAGAGAGGGGAGAGGGGGGAGGGGCGAGAGAGCGAGAGAGAGAGAGGAGAGAGCGAGACGAGAGAGAGAGAAGCGAAGAGAGAGGAAUAGAGGCGCGGAGAGAGAGAGAGAGAGGGGGAGAGAGAGGGGAGAGAGCGUAGAGAGCGAGGGAGAGAGGGGAGAGCGAGAGAGAGAGGAGAGAAGAGAGGAGAGAGACGAGAGAGAGAGAGAGAGAGCUACUACUAUAUUAUCUCUAUAUAUUUCUAUAUAUCUUCUAUCUAGAUCCUUCUCUUUCUCUAGACUCUAUGUCUGGUAUAUCUAAGCUUUUUGUCGGGUAUAUAUGAAGUAUUUAUUUAUUUAUUUCUGUUAUUUACUUUUCAUUACUUUAUUUCUUUAUUUAUUUAUUUCUUUAUUUAUUUAUUUCUCUUAUUUCUUUCUUUCUUUCUCUCUGUCUCAUAUUCUUAUCUCCCUACUCUGCUCUAGUUUGUUGCAGGCAUCAGCUGCAUCCUGAUGUUUGUCUAGAUGUUUACUUGUGCACUGACAUAAGUCAAAUAUAUUACAACACCUUCUAUUUAGAGCUGAGCUCUCUGCCUGGCAUUCAGAUGAAGGGGAAUGUGCCAGUCUGCCCUUUUCAGUAGAACACAAUAUGAGAUAAAAUCGCUCUCAAGUAUACAGUGACAGUGACAGUUGAUACAGCUCCUGUCAAGCAAUAGGAUGUUGUUUUCUAAUGGUUGGACUAAUAUCCCUCAGUAGGGACUUGUUAUUUCCUGUUCAACUUUUAAUUCUCACCAGUUGAAACCUGCCUCUCACUACUUACUAAAAGAAGUGAGUAGGGUUGCAAAAUUCCAGCAACUUUCCCAAAAUGCCUUGGUUUUCCAGAAAUCCAGGUUGAAGCGUUCCCAGAUUUCCUGCUUAUUCCCUCCUGCUAAUUCCCCCGUCUCCCCUUGACUGAUCGCUUCCUUCUCUUGAGUCUAAAUAAAUUGAUGAGCAACCAAUUAGAGCUGUGUUCAGGCCUGCCGCUCCCAUUCAUCAUCCUGUGGCAUUGCUCACCCCCCUCCAACAGGGGCUUGUCUCCAAACAGAUGUUCCUGUUUCCAACUCUCCUCUGUGGACCGUAGCUCACACCUAACAACCCCUCUGGACCGGUAGGGAUUCAGGGAGAAUAAUUCAGAAGCCCAGGAAACAUAGCAAACCACCACACAGAAAUAAAGAAAUGCUGAUGAUGAUAUUAUAAUGCUGCAGAUGGUGCUGUGGAUUGUGGAGUUUAUUUGUGUUAAAGGGAUAAAUCACUCAAAAACUACGUUUUAGUUUUUUGUUCAUUAGUCCAAUCCCCAAAAAUGUUGCAUGUCAGCAGUCAAGUUUUCAAGACACAGAGCAGUGCAGCACACACACUGUAACGAUAAUGCAUGUUUUGAGUGAUCUAUCCCUUUAAUAGUGACCAGGAGGCAGUGGUGCACCACCAGUGGGAAGUGUUUAUAUGUGAUUUGGGGUUGUGUGCAACAGAAGAGGAGUGUGAUGCAAAAGUCUUGUUUGUGAGAGAGAGAUCUAAAAAUGUUGAAAAACCAUAGAUGGUGCUGUUGUCUGUCAUUUCACAGAAUAUACCCAGAGACUCAAACAGACAGGAAGUCGGUUUCACAUUUAUUUCUGAGCUCAUAUCGGCAUUGGCUCAAACUAAAUAACCUUUUAUGAUGCACAAUCCUUCUAAAUAAGAUGUCUACAUUUCAGGUAAAGAAUAAGUUCUGUCUUAGCCUGAAAUUCAGAACCUGUUUUGCUAACAUUCUACUCCUUGUACUCUGUGUCAAGUUUAGCAUGGCAAGGAGUGGCAAGGAGUGGAAUGAUAACUCAAACAGACUGGUACCCAGGCUAGUCCUGUCUAUGCUCAUAGAAGACUCUAGUCCACAGAUUGGAAAGAAAUGUGGAACUAAAGUUUCUUGCGCCGUUGUUGUUUUCAGGAGGCCUUUGGGGACGUGACAGACAGGAGGAAGCUCAGGACCCAGUUAAGAUGUAAGGACUUCAAGUGGUACCUGGAGAACAUCUAUCCUGAUAUCCACGUCCCUGAGGACAGGCCUGGGAUGUUUGGAAUGGUGAGGAGAAUGCUGCCAUUUUGACUCCAGGGAUGCAUUCAUUAUGCAGACUGAAACGGACUGAAACUACCUGAACUUGUCCAAUAAGAAAAGCUUGUUAUCGUUUUCCUAUACUACGGUGUGCCCUAAUGAAUCUCACAUUGGCACCACAUUAACCUAUUUUUAUUAAAGGGAUAGUGCACUCAAAUGUCAGUUAUCAUAGACAAUGUGAAUGAUCUUUCUCUUGACUCCCCACACUCAUAGCUGUACUAUAACAAUGGAAUCUGCAUGUUGUUUCCCUCUAGCUGAAGAACAGAGGCAUGUCUAGCUACUGCUUUGACUACAACCCUCCUGACGACAAUAACCUGGUGGGCCACCGGAUCAUCCUCUACACCUGUCAUGGCAUGGGACAAAACCAGGUAGCUAUAACUCCACCUUUACUCUCUAUGUCCUUCAUUUAAAACCAGGUAGAUAUAACUCCAUCUUUACUCUCUAUGUACUUCAUUUAAAACCCUACAACUCAUCCAGAACGCUGCAGCCUGUCUGGUGUUCAACCUUCCCAAGUUCUCUCACGUCACCCCGCUCCUCCGCACACUCCACUGGCUUCCAGUUGAAGCUCGCAUCUGCUACAAGACCAUGGUGCUUGCCUACGGAGCUGUGAUAUAUAUAUAUAUAUAUAUAUAUAUAUAUAUAUAUAUAUAUAUAUAUAAAACAAAUGAAAAUUAAAAAUAUACUCUAGAAACAAAAAACAAAACAUUUGAAAAUAUUAAAAAAAAAUAUAUAUAUUGUAAAUAUUGUAAAGUGGUUAUCCCACUGGCUAUCAUAAGGUGAAUGCACCAAUUUGUAAGUCGCUCUGGAUAAGAGCAUCUGCUAAAUUACGUAAAUGUAAAUGUAAAACCAGGUAGCUAUAACUCCACCUUUACUCUCUAUGUCCUUCAUUUAAAACCAGGUAGAUAUAACUCCACCUUUACUCUCUAUGUCCUUCAUUUAAAACCAGGUAGAUAUAACUGCACCUUUACUCUCUAUGUCCUUCAUUUAAAACCAGGUAGAUAUAACUCCACCUUUACUCUCUAUGUCCUUCAUUUAAAACCAGGUAGAUAUAACUGCACCUUUACUCUCUAUGUCCUUCAUUUAAAACCAGGUAGAUAUAACUGCACCUUUACUCUCUAUGUCCUUCAUUUAAAACCAGGUAGAUAUAACUCCACCUUUACUCUCUAUGUCCUUCAUUUAAAACCCGGUAGCUAUAACUCCCAUCUUUACUCUCUAUGUCCUUCAUUUAAAACCAGGUAGAUAUAACUGCACCUUUACUCUCUAUGUCCUUCAUUUAAAACCAGGUAGAUAAAACUCCACCUUUACUCUCUAUGUCCUUCAUUUAAAACCAGGUAGAUAUAACUGCACCUUUACUCUCUAUGUCCUUCAUUUAAAACCAGGUAGAUAUAACUGCACCUUUACUCUCUAUGUCCUUCAUUUAGUAGUGGUCCAUACACUUGUAUGCUAUCUUAUUUUGUUUUCAGGACUGCAGUGAUUGUUGUCUUGUGUUCUUAGCAUUGAUGUUACCUUGAACUGUGCUUAGAAUGCCCCCCCAAUAGCCUUGUCAUGGCCUAGUGGUUAUUUGGCUUUUGACUGGGCCUGGCAGAGUGUUUGUCUCAUGGCUUCAGAUUAUAAUUUACAUUGACAAGUAUAAAAUUGCUUUGUGAAUUUGGACCGAAAGGAUAGUGAAGAAAGCAGGUACCAUCGCGCUCAACCUUAAACUGAAAUAGUCUUUGUUUGGUGUGUUAAACUAAUAAACAUCAUUUUUUGCACCCAAAGGAUAAAAAGAGAGUAUUGUACAAAAGUUAUAUCCGGUGUGGUCUGCAGUGGUCUACAUUGAGCCCCUUAAAAGUUGGCAUUGUUAUUUCAGCACCCCUAUGUAUCCACUGUGGUGCCCUACUUUGUACUGGCAACUGAAAUGGACACAACAAAAACUCACACACACCACACAGCCCACACUCUGCUGGUCUCACCCUGCUGGUCUCACCCUGCUGCAGUUCUUUGAGUACUCCAGUGAGAGAAGUGAGAUCCGUUAUAACACCAGGGAGCCAGCAGGGUGCGCUGCGGGGGACGCCGUCUCCACCUACCUGACCGUGCACCUGUGCAAGAAACCCCGGCAGCCUGUACCACAGGACCAGAAGUUUGUCCUCAGAGAGGUGAGGGGGAAGGGGACUAUGCAUCCUAAAUGGUAACCUAUUCCCUAUAUACAAGGGCCCUGGUCAAAAUGGCACCCUAUUUUCUACACUGUAUAGACAAUAGGGUAUAAUUUGGGAUGCAGCCAAGAGCUUGUCUUCAAGUGAAUGAGGUGGAUGGGGAGGAUGGGAUGGAGGCAGGGAGGGGAAGAAUGGGAAUAUUUGGAGGGAAAUGCUAACUUUAACGACAAGGAAGUGGGGCAGGAAAACAGGGAGCAGAGCAAGGGGUUUGGGGGGAGGGUUGGGGAUGGGGGAGGUUUUGUUAACAGAAAGAAGGGGGGGGGGUAGAGUGAGACUGUGGGUCAGAGAGAAAAAGGGUGGCUUAGAAAGAGGGUCAGUGGUGGCUUGUGGGCUGAGAAAUAAGAGGACAGGCUCAUUGUAAUGGAAUCAAUGUAAGGGUAUCAAACACAUGGAAACCAUAUGUUUGAUGUGUUUGAUACCGUUCCAUUCAGCCAUUACAAUGAACCAGUCCUCCUAUAUCUCCGCCCACCAGCCUCCUCUGAAGGGGAUAGAGAAAAGAGUGGAGUGGGGAGUGGAAAACCCAGAGGAACACAUGGACCAAUACAGUAGUACGGGUGUAGCUAAAUGUUGGUAUGUUGGUUUUCACUAAGCACUCGUGUUCUGUUGUUCGUGCGUUUCUUGUCGGAGCGGCCUCGAGGCCUUCAGAGAGCAUGCUCAAAGGAAACUGUUGACAAACACUGAAUUAAGCCGCUUCUCUUCCUCUCUCUCCUCUCUAUCGCUCCUCUCUCGAUAGAAACGAUGAGAUCGGCAGUAACUGCACUCUACUCUUCGCAUCUCUCUCUCUCUCUCCUCUCUCUGCUUCUAUCUUCUCCUCUCCUCUCUCUCUCCUUCUCUCUCUCUAAAGUUCACCUCUGCAUGCUUCCUCAGACCAUUCUCUUUCUCUAUCUUUCCCCUUCCAAGGGGGAAGGUUUUUUUUUCACCCGGGAGGGGGGGUGGGGGGGAGGGUUAAAAAAUUUUUUAAAAUGGGGGGGGCAAAAAAAGGACCCCCACUUUGGGGAAAAGGGUUGGGGAGGGGUUUUGCCAAAAAGGGGAAAAUAACUUUGGGGGGGAAAAGGGGUUUCCCCUGAAAAAUAGGGUUUAAAUGGGGGGGUUAAAAAGACGGGUUUUUCGUUGGGGGGGGGGAAGGGGUUCAAAAAGGGGAAAAUUUUAAAAUGUUAACCCCUUUUUUUCCCCCCUUUUUUUACCCCAAAAGGGGCCCCCGGGGAAGGGGGGGGGAGGGGGGGGGAAAGGGAACUAAGAAGGGGGGGGAAAAGGGAGGGGUAAAAAAACCCGGGGUUCUGUCCUUGGGUUUUAAAAAAACGGGCGGAAUGAAAAAAAUUUUUUGGGAAAAACGGAAAACCUUUUCUUUUUCCCCCCUCCCUCCCCUUUUCUCGCCCGUCCUUGAAAAUCGUAAAACCCCAAAACCAUCCUCUUAUUAUAAAUGGGGGAAAUUUCACCUCGGUCUUCUCUUCCUUUUUGGGGCCCCCCCCUUUUCGGAUAAAGGAAUCUGCCCUCUUGCCUCUUCCCCUUUUUCUUUCAGUGCGCUACUCUAAGGCAUCUCAUAAAUGCCCCUCUCCUCCUACUCUCUCUCUCUCUCCUCUUCUCUCUCUCUCUCUCUCUAUCUCUAUCUCUCUCUCUCUCUCUUCGCUCUCUCUUCUCUCUCUCUCUCGCUCGCUCGCUCGCUCGCUCUCUCUCGCUCGCUCUCCGACACCCACCAGUGCCUUAGCCUCCACAGACUCCAACUACCCUCAGAUACAGAAUCAUCCGGGUAUCACUUUAGUAAAUAAAAUCCCCCUAGUCUUUCUAUGGAGUAGAGGUUACAUAAUCAAAUAAUGUAUUCUGGAUAGAUUUGAUGUAGCGGUUUGUACAUAGUGGAUCAUAGAACAUUGAGGUAGCCUAUUGUCUGGGUGUGCAUACUUGGUUGUUUAGUAUAUGUGUUCAGUGUAGCCAGACAUCUUAAUACAGUGUGGAGAACAAGUAUUUGAUACAAUGCUGAUUUUGCAGGUUUUCCUACUUACAAAGCAUGUAGAGGUCUGUACUUUUUAUCAUAGGUACACUUCAACUGUGAGAGACGGAAUCUAAAUCUAUCAAAAAUCCAGAAAAUCACAUUGUAUGAUUUUGAAGUAAUUAAUUUGCAUUUUAUUGCAUGACAUAAGUAUUUGAUCACCUACCAACCAGUAAGAAUUCUGGCUCUCACAGACCUGUUAGUUUUUCUUUAAGAAGCCCUCCUGUUCUCCACUCAUUACCUGUAUUAACUGCACCUGUUUGAACUCGUUACCUGUAUAAAAGACACCUGUCCACACACUCAAUCAAACAGACUCCAACCUCUCCAACCGUGAAGCAUGGAGGUGAAAACAUCAUUCUUUGGGGAUGCUUUUCUGCAAAGGGGACAGGACGACUGCACCGCAUUGAGGGGAGGAUGGAUGGGGCCAUGUAUCGCGAGAUCUUGGCCAACAACCUCCUUCCCUCAGUAAGAGCAUUGAAGAUGGGGCGUGGCUGGGCAUUCAAGCAUGACAACGACCCGAAACACACAGCCAGGGCAACUAAGGAGUGGCUCCGUAAGAAGCAUCUCAAGGUCCUGGAGUGGCCUAGCCAGUCUCCAGACCUGAACCCAAUAUAAAAUCUUUGGAGGGAGCUGAAAGUCCAUAUUGCCCAGCGACAGCCCCGAAACCUGAAGGAUCUGGAGAAGGUCUGUAUGGAGGAGUGGGCCAAAAUCCCUGCUGCAGUGUGUGCAAACCUGGUCAAGACCUACAGGAAACGUAUGAUCUCUGUAAUUGCAAACAAAGGUUUCUGUACCAAAUAUUAAGUUCUGCUUUUCUGAUGUAUCAAAUACUUAUGUCAUGCAAUAAAAUGCAAAUUAAUUACUUAAAAAUCAUACAAUGUGAUUUUAGAUUCCGUCUCUCACAGUUGAAGUGUACCUAUGAUAGAAAUUACAGACCUCUACAUGCUUUGUAAGUAGGAAAACCUGCAAAAUCGGCAGUAUAUCAAAUACUUGUUCUCCCCACUGUAGCUGGAGAUAAAGCAUUAUAUCUAAAUGUAAAUGGAGAGAGGGAGGGAUGGAGGGAUGGAGGGAGGGAGGGAGGGAGGGAGGGAGCGACAGAAGGCGGGAGACAAUUUCUUGGCCCUCUCCAUAUUCAAACAUGAGGAUUUACUAUGAUAUUGCUGUUUUCACACUGCACUGCUCCCAUCUCUGUAAUGUAUGUAUGUAGUCUCUUGUGUUCCUGGAUGUAGUCUACACACCAGUGGUUCACAACUCCACUCCUCCAGGGCUGUAUCCAGUCCUACUGGUGUUAAUAUCCCAUUGGUGCUCAUUUGUCAUUGAGUCCACACACUUGGUAGCUCAGGUAGAUAUUAGCUGGUUAGAAAACAAGGAUGAAGACCAGUAUUAGGGAAUAGGCCUUAAGACAAGGCCAUUUGGUCUGUCUUGUAAAAUAGACUGUAUUUCAAUAACCUGUAUGAAUAAAGGUGACAUGUUAUAAAUACAGUGGGGAAAAAAAGUAUUUAGUCAGUCACCAAUUGUGCAAGUUCUCCCACUUAAAAAGAUGAGAGAGGCCUGUAAUUUUCAUCAUAGGUACACGUCAACUAUGACAGACACAUUGAGGGAAAAAAAUACAGAAAAUCACAUUAUAGGAUUUUUAAUGAAUUUAUUUGCAAAUGAUGGUGGAAAAUAAGUAUUUGGUCACCUACAAACAAGCAAGAUUUCUGGCUCUCACAGACAUGUAACUUCUUCUUUAAGAGGCUCCUCUGUCCUCCACUCGUUACCUGUAUUAAUGGCACCUGUUUGAACUUGUUAUCAGUAUAAAAGACACCUGUCCACAACCUCAAACAGUCACUCUCCAAACUCCACUACGGCCAAGACCAAACAGCUGUCAAAGGACACCAGAAACACAAUUGUAGACCUGCACCAGGCUGGGAAGACUGAAUCUGCAUUAGGUAAGCAGCUUGGUUUGAAGAAAUCAACUGUGGGAGCAAUUAUUAGGAAAUGGAAGACAUACAAGACCACUGAUAAUCUCCCUCGAUCUGGGGCUCCACGCAAGAUCUCACCCCGUGGGGUCAAAAUGAUCACAAGAAUGGUGAGCAAAAAUCCCAGAACCACACGGGGGGACCUAGUGAAUGACCUGCAGAGAGCUGGGACCAAAGUGACAAAGCCUACCAUCAGUAACACACUACGCCGCCAGGGACACAAAUCCUGCAGUGCCAGACGUGUCCCCCUGCUUAAGCCAGUACAUGUCCAGGCCCGUCUGAAGUUUGCUAGAGUGCAUUUGGAUGAUCCAGAAGAGGAUUGGGAGAAUGUCAGAUGAAACCAAAAUAUAUUUUUGGUAAAAAACUCAACUCGUCGUGUUUGGAGGACAAAGAAUGCUGAGUUGCAUCCAAAGAACACCAUACCUACUGUGAAGCAUGGGGGUGGAAACAUCAUGCUUUGGGGCUGUUUUUCUGCAAAGGGACCAGGACGACUAAUCUGUGUAAAGGAAAGAAUGAAUGGGGCCAUGUAUCGUGAGAUUUUGAGUGAAAACCUCCUUCCAUCAGCAAGGGCAUUGAAGAUGAAACGUGGCUGGGUCUUUCAGCAUGACAAUGAUCCCAAACACACCGCCCGGGCAACGAAGGAGAGGCUUCGUAAAAAGCAUUUCAAGGUCCUGGAGUGGCCUAGCCAGUCUCCAGAUCUCAACCCCAUAGAAAAUCUUUGGAGGGAGUUGAAAGUCUGUGUUGCCCAGCGACAGCCCCAAAACAUCACUGCUCUAGAGGAGAUCUGCAUGGAGGAAUGGGCCAAAAUACCAGCAACAGUGUGUGAAAACCUUGUGAAGACUUACAGAAAACGUUUGACCUGUGUCAUUGCCAACAAAGGGUAUAUAACAAAGUAUUGAGAAACUUUUGUUAUUGACCAAAUACUUAUUUUCCACCAUAAUUUGCAAAUAAAUUCAUAAAAAAUCCUACAAUGUGAUUUUCUGGAUUUUUGUUUCUCAUUUUGUCUGUCAUAGUUGACGUGUACCUAUGAUGAAAAUUACAGGCCUCUCUCAUCUUUUUAAGUGGGAGAACUUGCACAAUUGGUGGCUGACUAAAUACUUUUUUUCUCCACUGUAACUCCUCUCCAAUAGGACGGCACCCUCUACCACAUGAUGACCCAGAAGUGUGUCCAGGCUGUGGACAAGACGGACAAUGGCAGCCCUGCCCCCGCCCUGCGGCCCUGCUCGGACCACGCCAACCAGAAGUGGUUCUUUGAGGAGAGGGGGGCGUAGUGGAGCGGGCCAGACGAAAUCUCUAUCUCUGGGGUGGAGGGCCAACCAAACCCCUAUCCUGUGGUGGAGGGAGAGGGAGAGGGAGAGGGAGCGAGAGAGGGAGUGGAGGAGGGAGAGGGAGCGGGUGAGGGAGAGGGAGCGGGUGAGGGAGAGGGAGCGGGAGAGGGAGAGGGAGCGAGAGAGGGAGUGGAGGAGGGUGAGGGAGCGGGCUGGAGGCCCCAAGACCCAUACUCAGGUCCAGUGUCCCUAUGCUGUGGAGAUAGCCUUGGUCAUAUUCACUAGGAACUAA